AUGACAACCCCCAGAGCAACCCCCACCCUCCCCUCCGCCCCCAAAUGCACAACCGCCACCCCCGACCACCACGGCUACGUCCCGCCCACAGCCUGCAACGCCAACUACGGCUUCUACCCGAGCUGGGAGUGGAACCUCGUCUUCGCCAUCGGUUUUUUUCUGGCAUCGCUGCUGCACAUCGCCCAGCUGCUGGCGACGCGCAAGUGGUUCUGCUGGGUGGUGGUCAUGGGCGCGCUGUGGGAGUACGCGUGCUUCGUGCUGCGCACGCUGGGGGCGUUCGACCAGCAGAAUGGGGGGCUGGUGGUGGUGUCGACGCUGUUGUUUUUAUUGGCGCCGUUGUGGAUCAACGCGUUUGUCUAUAUGGUCGUGGCACGCCUGAUUUACUUCCUCCUGCCGCCGUACUCACAAAACAUAUUUGGCAUGUCCCCGCGCUGGCUCGCCAAGGCCUUUGUUGCUGUCGAUGUGGUGUCCUUCUUCAUCCAAGCCGCCGGCGGCGGCAUGCUUGCUGACCAGGAUCGAGGGGACACGGUCAAGACGGGCCAACACAUUUACAUGGCUGGAAUCGGCGUCCAAUUGACUUUUGUCGUCAUAUUUGCCGUCAUUACGGUGUUGUUCACUGUGCGCCUGGAGCGCUCGAUGGGGGCUGGACAGCUGGAGGCAAGGCACAACGUCACCGUGACUAGGCACUUGGUGUGGUCCAUGUUGGCUGUCAUUGGGCUGAUUGUGGUCCGGAUUGUGUUCCGCUUCGUCGAGUUCAGCGGCGGUGUCUCCUCAUCGAACCCAAUCCUAGCCAACGAGGCUUACCAGCUGGGUCUCGAUGCUCUACCCAUGCUCAUCGCGCUACUCCUCAUGAAUGCCGUACAUCCUGGAAAAGUGCUCAAGGGACCAGACAGCAGCUUCCCGAGGAUAUGGCCACGCCGCUGGAAGGGCAAAUCGGGGAACGAGCAUGAGUUGUUGCAGUCCUCGAGCGUGGAUCUAAAUGGCCAGCGUUACGGACAGGAGUAGAAUGACAAUAUGUCAAUAUCAAGGCGUGGACGG